AUGGCCGUAGACAAGAAUAAGCUAGAAGAUGAAGCGAGUAUUCAUCGCUUCUACAAAAUAGUUCUCAGCUGGGACUAUCUUCGCCUUCUCAAUGAAUCUGGCAAAAAUAAGAAGAAGAUUGGGGAUGGAAGUGUUCUGGGUCUGACUCAAGUAAAAAAUACAUACAAAGAUGUUGAUGACUAUACUGCAACCUUUGAGCCACUACUUUUUGAAGAAGUUAAGGCUCAGAUACUUCAAGGAAGAGACGAGGAAGAGGAAACAGAAUGGACCACCUGUAUUGUAUUAGAAUGCUCCGAAGAUGAUUGUUUUCACUUAGCUAUGGUCUUUUGUGAUCACGGGGCAUCAAUAUCGCAGAAUGAUCUGCUAUUGAUUUCAACAAAGAAGUUUGGAGAGGCCAAAGAACUUCCAACUACAUAUGCGUUUGCAUUGGUUGAGCAUCGUCAAGGAGACAAAAUCAGACUUAGAAUGAAUUUAAGUGGAGAGGUCAACCAAUUAAAUACAACUCAGGUCGAAACAUGCCCGAGGCUGUUGAAUAUGUGUUCUGUUGUUGGUCAAGUCAAUAAACCCUUGCACAUUCUGAAGAUUUGCAGCCUAUCAAGUAUUGCGCGUGAAUACGUUGCUCUGCGGUCAGUUAGUUCCCUCCCUUUUAGAGAUUUGAUAUUAACAGCUGCUGAAAGCAACUAUAGCACUGAAGAUCGUGCCUGGAAAAUAUCUAAACCCCUAAUGGAGUUUAUAAGAGGCAAUCACAAUCCAUCUCAACUGGAGGCAAUACAUGCGGGCCUUUCUCGUAAAACCUUUGUCCUGAUACAGGGCCCCCCAGGAACAGGAAAAACGCAAACUAUCCUUGGGCUCCUUAGUGCCAUUCUGCAUGCAACUCCUGCAAGAGUACACUCUGACAAGGGGAAAAUGUGUGGAAUAAAACGUGAGCCAGAAUUACCCAUUCAUGAAAAGUUUGGUUGUAAGUGGGGUUUGGACUUUGGAAUAAUGCAACAUCUUGUUGAUUUAACGAGGGCUUGGUUAUGGAAGGUUUCUAAAGUUGGGAUUUUACUUGGUCGAAGGAAGGUUCUAGAGAUCAUGUAUGAGCAGAGGCUAGUAAUUGCUUAA